GUGCCAAUUGUUGUCUCCGGCGUGGACAUCGUGUCCGCCUGGAGGACUCGAGCAGCAUCUAGCAUAUGGAUUAAGUUGGCGCGUUCGUGGUGUGUUCUGGCUCAAGCUUCUGGCCCCUACCCGACGCCGUUGGGGCGCUCCCUGCAAGCGCGAAUUGGGGGAGGGGCCAGCACUUGCGCUGGCAUCCCCCCCCCGGGAUCACCAGCAGCGAUGGCCUCCUUUAAGGCUUUCGAGCCCUCAGAUGCGAUGGUGAAGGCCAUGGAGGCCCGCUUCGCGGCCAGACAUGCGUCCGACAUGGCUGGCGUUGGCCCUGCGGCCGCUGGAGCCCCAGCCACCCCCAGCCCCGCGGUCAUCCGCGCUCCAGUGCACUCGGCCGCUUUCGCGGUCUCCGCGGCGUCCGCGGCGUCUCCGCCCUUCCGCGUGGCGGAGGCCUCGACUGCCGCGAGGCCAGCGAGCGUGGCCAGCAGCGCGGCGCCCUCGGCCACCAGCUUCGCGGUGAGCGGCGGCGAGGGCGCCGGCGGUCGUUUUACUGUGGGCCCUGGCGCGCCGCUGCACCAGGCCGCCGCCUCGCGGUCCCCAGCCGCUGCCCCGCAGCGGUUUGCCAGCAGCACUCCUCCCUUGGCGCCAGCAGGCAGGCCGCCCCGCGAGGGCGGCUACGCCGCGCACAGCGCCGCGUUCGCGGGCAGCGACGACUGGAUGCGGGCGGCCUGCCACGCGCCGAGUUCGAGGCCCCUGCAGGGUGUCUGCGAGGGGGAGGAGGAGCGCCGUCCGCCUCUCGCUUCGGAGGGCGACCCGCCCAGCCUUGCGCAGCCCCUGGCACUGUCGGACGAGCCCGCCGCCUCGCCAGUGGCCGAGCAAGCGCUGGUGCCGGUGGCCGUUCGAGCGGCGGAACCUGGCCGCGCGGUGUACGCGGAGGUGCAGAUAGAUGACCAGCCGCUGCUGAACUUGCCCAGUGCUGUCACGAUUGGCGGCGUCCCGGUUGCCUCAGACGGUGAUCUCGUCUAUCUGGGCGGCGGCCUCUACGCCGCCGCGUCGGCCAAGCCGAAGCAUCCCCCGCCGGUCCCACGGCGGGGCGCCCGCGACAGGAUCCUGCCCGGCCGCGUGCGGCCCCUGCCGCCGCGGCCGCUGGGCAGGGGCGCCGCGGCGCGCAGCGCCAGCGCCAACAUCCUGCGGCCGCGCUGCCCGAGCGCGGCGCCCUCGCGCGCGCAGAGCGACGGGGAGCUGGGCGACCACCGCUCCGGCCCGAGCGGCGGGCUGACCUCCGCCCGGCCCUCCUCGCGCGGCAGCGCAGCCUCCGCGCCCAAGCGCGUGUGGCGGCCCUCGGGCCCGUCGCGGCUGCCCCAGCCGCCGGAGGCGCCCAGCGAGGGGCUGCGCACGGGGCGCAUGACCCCUGGGAGCGCCGUGGGCCCGCCGACGGCCGCGCAGGGGCGCGUGGAGCACCGGCAGGCGGCGAGGAGAGAGAGCGGGCUGGGGCUCUUCGGCCCGAGCGGGGUGCUGCACCAGCUGAGCGAGGCGCAGGUGCACGCGGCCAUCGCGGAGGAGGACCUGCAGGAGCGCCGAGCCGCGCCCGCGGGGCCGCCGCAGAAUGGCGCGCAGCGGCGCGCGGAGCGUGAGGCGGCGAAGGAGGCGCGCGUCCAGGCGCUGCUGGAGGAGCGAGCGGCGCGCCUGGAGAGGGAGGCGGAGAUGGCCAGGGCCAAGAAGGAGAUGGCCAGAGUGGCCGCGCUGCAGACAGGCCACCAGGCGUCGCACCCCGGCCUCGCCGCCUCCGCCUCCGCGCCGGCGCUCCCCGUGGUUGGCCUGCUGGGCGGCGAGGGCGGCCAGAAGCAGCGGGUGGCUUGCCAGAUGGAGAUCCUGAAGUUCUUCGACGGCUACAGUGGGAGCGCCGGAGCAAAGUCGCUGUCCGCGGAGCAGACGCAGAAGCUGCUCGCCAAGCUCCACAGCGCCAACGCCAGUGCCGCGGCCUCCGCGAGGGACCCGGAGCCGCCGCAGCACAGCAUCCACGGGCGCCUCCAGGAGAUGAGCGACCAGUGCGGCGCGAUCUUCACGGACCUCGACCUGUGAGGCGCGAGGGCGCAGUACUGUGCUCGUCGUUUAACCGACGCUCCCUGACACUGGGGCGUCGCAAACCAAUUACAGUGCCGUUUUUAAUACAUGCUCCGCGUGCGGAUCAUGUAUUAAAAGAUGC